CAAAUUGAAAAAAUAUUACCGGAUGACUUUUUCAUUUUUGAUUAUCUGCAUCUGAAUUAACCAACGGAGAAUCAAGACAAUUAUUGUACUGCAUGUAACGUGACGCCGUGCGAGCUUUGCUCGUUCGCGCAUGAGCGCGGACGGUUUCUCGUCGUCGCUCACAGUCGACAUCAGCUGAUGGGAGUUUAUUGGCGCGUUUAGCAGCGAGUCCGAGGGCUCUCUCGAAAUGUUCCUUGCGAGUGGCUCACGUGAAGGUUGUUUGAUCUCAGCGUAAUACUGCGGCCUCCACGCAGCGGCAGCACACCCUGAAUCGCUCCUUAACGAGGAACGGGAUCUCGGAAGCACGGAACGCCUGCAGUUGUACAACGCGCAGCAACGUACAUCACACGUUUGUUUCUCAACCUUGUCGAUCGCGCUCGACGAUUAUUCUUAUUGUCCAACGCACCCGGUACAGUUGCAUUGAUAGAGGACUCUUUGUUGUCGAGACAAUGGCAGACUCCGCGGAAGCGGUCCGUUCCCUUCAGUAGAGACCUCAUCGUCUGCGAUGUGGAGCGACGAGAGUGAAUUAUAAGUACGUCGAGGAAACAUGCGCAGAUGUUGCGGAACACUUUUAGGUGGAUGACAGGCUCGUCAAGGAUGAAUAACGGCAAGAAACCGGAGACGAUCAACAGCAAUCAGAGCACCGUUGCGCAGUCCGAGAGCUCGGAUUCUAUAGAGGUAGAUAACUCGCGCACGGUCUUGCUGAAGAUAGCGACGCUGUAUGCGGAGCGUCUUAUGAACGACAUCUGCCUGGUCGUGGACGGCGUAGAGUACCCGGCGCAUCGACUUAUCCUCUGCGCUUCUAGCGAUGUUUUUCAAGUGAUGCUGAUGAGCCCGCAAUGGAGCGAGUCGCAGGAGAGCAGAGUGACGCUCCAGGAGACGCCGCAGUGCGCGCCUAUCUUCAGCGAGUUCCUGCGCUACUUUUACACCGGCCAGAUACGGAUAAACCACAGCGUCGUCCUGCCGAUACUGUCCCUAGCCGAUAAGUACAACGUGAGGGAUUUGAUAUCGUUGUGCCUUGACUACAUGCGAAAUCACGUCGCCCUGGCUGCCAUACACGGUACCCUGGUAUCGUGGCUGCAGUACACGCUGAACUGCGGCCACGACGACAUCAGCCAGGCGUGCCAAAACUUUAUCAAGUGGAACCUGGAGCUCGUGGCGAAGACCGCGGAUUUCGGCAACUUCGAUCUGGACAUCCUGGUGUCGCUGUUGCACCAGAGCAGCCUGGUCAUCAAGGACGAGAUGACGCUCUACAAGUGCCUCGAAUCCUGGCUGGAUCAUCAGGCGAAUCGGCUGAGGACGCAGCUGUCCCCGGACGAGCUGGAGGCCACCUUGCAUCAGCUGGUGAUAGCGGUGAUGUCGCCCGUCCGGUUCCCGAUGAUGUCGCCGCGGCAGCUGGCGGACCUGCUGCUGUCUCCGUUGACGAAAAAAUACAAGGAGUUCUUUGUGGAACGUAUGUCGAUCGGCAUGUCCUUCCACUCGGGUCAGCUCGACAGAGUGAGGGAGGUGUGCCUGAGUGAGGAGGACGGCGCGCUGCUGUUCGAGCCGAGGCUCUACACCGUCGACACGUGCAGCUCGUUACUGACCAUCGAGAACUUUCAUGGCUUGCCUUCGUAUCACACGCGAACUCUCGUCUUCUCCAGCCACUCCAGUCUAGCGGAAUACGCGGGCGACCGAACGUGCGAAUGGGUGGUGGACAUUUAUCCGAAGGGCGUCUGGUUCAAGAAGUUUUUCCUCAUAGUGUGGCAGGGCACGGUGGAGAUGCCCGAGCACGUGAAGCGGUCGGUGAGGCUGUCGGUGACCUGCAAGGAGCCGCCGGUCGACGGCAACAUGCGCGUGAAGAUCGGGGUGCUGAUCUACGGCUUGCAGGACGGCGUGGAGCACAUCGCGCGCGUUACCGAGAUCAUUUACAGGUUCAACAAGAAGUUCCGUAUCCUCAACAUAGACGAUCUCCUGCCGUUCGAGGAGCUGAAUCCGCAGCAGGGCUCGGUACCGGAGAACGCGCCGGUCUCGCCCUUCCUAGUCGGCCCGAACAAGGAUAUGCUCAAACUGCACAUUGUCAUCUCGCCAGCCAAUUAGCGUUCGCGAGGGACGUCGAUGCGGUGGAUUCGGGAUUAAUUUGACGAACGGUAACGCGCGCGUCAAGAAUACAAUAUUUAUUUAUAUUACACGUUUCUGCGAGAGCCCGAAUUAAGGAUGCUACGAGAGUUUUGCGUUUUCCAGCAUUGUUUAAUGCAACCGACCGUUUCUUUCCUUCUUUUGCGCUCGUCUAGAGAGCACUUUUUCCAGUGACUGCUCGAAAAGCGCUAUAUGAAAUGCUAAAAUUGUUACAGUAAGACGUCAUUUCAACGUGUCAUUGCUCUAUGUGUACACUCCCAGCGCAUUCUUUUCCGAAAUAAGUUGAGCGAGUCGAGAACCAGGCGACUUGUUUGCACGACCAGUCUGAUAUACCAGUGAAGUAUAUUACAUCGACGUGUAACAUAUCAAGUGCAAUAUACUUCAGUGAGUCCACUGAACGGAUCCAAGCUAGCCCCUGCUGCGAGUGCGGUUCCUCGCGCGUAAGCGUAAGCUCCUCCACGAUUCCCACGAUUAUCCUGUCCAACGUGUUUGCGAGAUGCGAGAAUGCGUAAUUGUACAUACCCGAGAGAGCGACGGGAGCGAUUAUUUUACUUGUAAACCGCCUGGUUAAGUGGUGAUACGUCACACAAUUGUGAUACCGUGCAAGAACGCGAGCGCACGUCGCGGACAUAGGUACACGUUAAUGUAGGCUCGUAUACGUUAACUCUGACCCGCGAGCUGAUAUCGCGAGAUUUUUCUAACGAAGUUGUCGCUGACGAUUAAACGGAAGGAGGAUAGGAACGUUUUUUCUAAGAUGUCCCUUACGAAAUUCGCGGAUAUUCUGCAUCUCAGCGGACGGAAAAUGAGAAGAGGGGUCGAAGAAGUCGAGAUUGUCUUCAGUCAGUUUUAAGUACACCCGCAGCUUACUUCGACCUCUGAGGUGCAAAAUCCGUGGACUUUUGUGAUCCUUUUCGUUGCGUGUUUAAUUUUCUUACUACUUUUUGUACUACGAUGAAAGCGAUGAGAGAUUCGCGAUUGAUUGAUUGAUUGAUUGAUUGAUUGUCGGAGUGUUGCGAUUGAUCCUCAUUACUACCGAUAUUAUACGCAUAUAUAUACGUGUUCCUAAGUUGACGGUUGAUUCUUAACUUAUCAAUUAACAUUGUAGCGACGCGAUAAUCCGAGAUUAAAUAAAAUGUAUAAUCUUUAUUCUC